AACUUGGAUUGAGCAUAGGUACGACCCUGAUUUGGAAGAUGCAGAAUAUGACUUGCUGUUAGAAUACGAUACGCCAGAAAAAAACGAAGUGCUCUUUCGCAAUGGUAAUUUACGAGACCUAACCAGUGAAUUCACAAAGCUUAAUAACAGUCGUUUAGAUGAUACAAAGGAAGCUCGAAUUGUUAUUCGCUCUAACGUUCCAUCUUUUGCGAUAGAUUGUUGCGAUAAUCCGGGAUUGACACCAACCAAUGCUGAAACCCAAAAGAUCACUGAUAAUAUUACACGUCAUACACUGAAAAAGGUGUUAGAACGUCAGAAAUCACAAAAUGACAGUAUAGUACUGUUAUGUAUCUCAGCAAAGUUUUUAGAAAAUCUAUCUUGGCCUCGACACAUGGAUUUAAUUGAAAAAAUCAAUGGUGAAAAUCUAAUCAUCCUUGUUACAAGGAUGGAUCAAAUAAAUGUUAGUGGAAUUGCUCAAGAAAUAAGAGAUAGAAAAUUAUCUGGUGGUGAUUUUGGUAGCCAAGGUACAAAUAACAACAAUAGCAACAAAUCUAAAGGAAAAAAAUCCAACAAUAAUCUGUCAAAUAGUGAACCUAUUCGUUGUAGCUCUUGGAAUAUCCUCGAAUUCAUUCGCUCAAAAAUUGAGCAACAAGCUAAUUCUUGUAGCUUCCCAGAUGGUGUGCAGUUUCAUUACACGGCUUCCAGUAGUGAAAAUUGGGAAACUUUGUUGAAGCACGGGUGGAAUGCGUUUGAGGAAUCAGAACGUGAAAAUAAUGAAAAAAUGUGUGAAAUUCUUUGUGAUAAAGAUGAAUGGAAUAA